AUGAUUAAGAAUUACGGAGACAGAUAUCAUCUUAUCGACAAAAAAGCUUUGGAAGAUAAAUAGUUAGAUAAGGACUAACUGAUAGAAUUUGUAAAAACAUCAGGGAUAAGUGAGAUAGGGAAAAAUUACAAUAUUGUGUCAAUUAUAGGUAGUCAAAGUACAGGGAAAAGUACAUUGCUUAACCAACUUUUUGGAACAAAAUUUGAUGUCUAGAAUAGGUAAUAAAGCGUUGGUUAAACAACUGUUGGUAUUUGGAUCUCCAAAGAUGUCUAAAAUAAUGUUGUAGUAUUGGAUGUGGAAGGAUCCGAUUCUGUUGAGCGAAAAUCAGGAGAGAAUGUAAGUGAUAAUAAUUAAUACCUAGAUGGUUGAAAAUCAAACAGCAUUAAUGGCCUUGGCAAUGUCACAUUGCUUUAUUAUCAAUGUUUUUCUUAAUGCUUUAGGUUAACAUACAAGUUGCUAAUUAUCUAUCAUAAAGAUCAUUAUGCAACAAAAUUUGAAGCUAUUUCAAUAAGACACCGUCAAGCACAUUAUUUUUGUGGUCAGAGAUUGGGAUGAAGAUGCAAAUUAUGAGGAGGCUUCUCGUAGAUUGAAUGGUUAUUUAUUGAGUAUAUGGAAUGAGAUUCCCAAAGUAAGAAUUCGAUCUACAAUAAUAGCCUGAUCAAUACAAAGAGACAGAUUUCCAUAAAUUAUUUAGUGUUUAAGUGGUUACGCUAGUUUAUUACAAAAUGAAAAAAGAGUUUGUAGAAUAAACAAAUGAGCUUCAUUCAAAAUUAUCCAACUAACAAGAUCCAAAUUUCAUUUUUAAAGAUUUUGAUUAUGAGAAAAAUGUGAGAUGGUCAGAUAUGCCACAAUAUUUAUCAAAUAUUUGGGAAGUCAUUUCAAAUAAUAAGGAUUUGAAUUUACCAAAUGAGAAGAUUCUGAUUUCUAAUAUGAGGUGUUCAUAAAUCAAAUUGGAAGCAUUGGAAGGAGUGAAAUAAUUAAAUGAAGUAUAAUAGUGAUAAUCUAAAUAUAGGAUCUGUAAAAUAGAGUCAGAACAAAAUUUGUUGAUAAUUUUGCUUAAGAAUGCUAAUCCAUUUUGAGUCUAGCUAGUAAACUAUAUGACAAGGAUGCUAGAGAUUAUCACAUUGAAGUGUACAAAGAAAAAGAAAAAGAAUUGAAAGAUGAAUUGAUUAAUAGAUUCUUCACUUAUUUCUAAAAAUAGACCGAAUAACUUAAGCAACACUAUAUGAAUGUGUUAACUGAGAAUCUGGAGACAUUGAAGAGAGAAAGUAUUUAAUAUAUAGAUUGAACUAGGUAUCUACAAUUUACCUGAUAGAUUAAAUGAAUUGGAUCUUUUGAAAGUGCAAUUUGAAGAACAAUUAGCAAAAUCAGUAAUUGAAAUUGAUUUAUGGUAAGAGAAAGACCAUGUUAAAUAUUUCAAAUAAUAAAUUGAUAGUCAAUUAAAGGCAUUUGUAGAAGCCCAAUUAGCAACUUUUAAAUAAUAAUUGGAUAAUAUCAUCAAAUCUGAGUGUGACAAAAUAGUAAGUUCAUAGGUUCUUAACAUCUCACCCAAAUUUUGGUUACAAAUAGAAUCUGACUAUUACACUAUGAUCACUGAGAAAUACUAAAAAUAUGAAGUGUUGUUAAUAGGAUUGAGAGUACAAUAGAAAUAAAUUGAUGAUUAUUUGAAUAAGUUUGAAGAGGACAGUUUCCAUAAUCUCAAAUAAGUAAUUGCUGUUGCCAGUGGCAGAUUUAAAGAUUAAUUAUUCUAACAAUUCAAAGCAUAAUUCGUUAGAGCUGCUGAUGGACAACCAAGAAACUGGUAAAAGUUAACAGAAGAGGAAAUCUUCCAUAUCUAUACAGAAGCCAGAGAUAAGGUGUUCUCAUUGUUGGAUUUGCUGAGAAUCAGAAAAAUUAAGUUCUAAAAACAACUACUCGCACUUAAGUAAAAGGCCAAAACUCUGAUUGUUACAGCGAAUCAGAAAGUGUAAUAUCAAAUUUCCUCAGAUGCUGAUUCUGAUGACAUUGUUCUUAACGAUGUCUUUUAUACAUAGGUGAAAAUGCAAUUGGCAGAAGAUAUUGAUGUCUAAUAUCAAGAUGCUAUUCAAAAACAUGUAAAUUUCAAUUUGAACUAUUUUCUUAGAAACAAGAUUUCCUUUAAAACAUUCCAAAGCCUUUUUGGUUCCUGUUGCUAUUCUUUAUGUACGAUGAUGUAUUAAGAUGGAUGGGCAAUCCAUUAUUCCUGUAUCCAAUUUUGAUAAUCCUAUGCUUUGUAGGAUUUUGCAUUGCCAUAGGUACAAUAUUAUCACUACUAUUAUUAGGUCUCCAUAGUUUACCUAAAUUGGCAUUUUAAUGGGUCUUUAGAACAGUGAAUCAGGCUAUUAUUCCCCUAAUAUUUGGAGGGAUUUCAAAAUUAAAGGGAAGUUGAAUGAUUAUUUUAAUAAU